GGCGGUUAGAGACCUGAAAAUGCUCACCCACUCUCUCUCUCACUCUCUCUUUCUCGGCGUCUUCGUCCACACCAUUAAAGACUUCACCAACUCAAUCAUUCCAAACCUUCUCAAAUCCAUCUAAAGCCAUCUACAGAGCUUUGUAGGAGAGAGAGAGAGAGAGAGAGAGAAAUAAAAAACAGAAAGAGAAAUAUUAAUGGCUGGUGAAGAUCUAGAAAGCAGAGGUGGAGUAGUGAAAAACAGAGCAAACGGCAGCUACUCAUCGUCUUCUUACAUCGUGGAUGAUACAGAAACCCAAUGGACUUCUUGGUUGGUGCCCAUGUUCGUCGUCGCCAAUAUCGCCAUGUUCAUUGUGGUGAUGUUCAUCAAUAAUUGUCCACAUCAAAAUUCUGCCGGGUUCCAACCCAAGUGCGUCGCUAAGUUUCUUGGGAGGUUCUCGUUUCAGCCUUUGAAGGAGAAUCCUCUCUUUGGCCCUUCUUCUUCAACAUUGGAAAAAUUGGGAGCUCUUGAAUGGAACAAAGUUGUGCAGAGGCAUCAAGGAUGGAGGCUUGUGACUUGUAUUUGGUUACAUGCUGGAGUCAUUCAUCUACUUGCAAACAUGCUGAGUUUGGUCUUUAUUGGAAUUCGCUUAGAGCAGCAAUUUGGAUUUGUGCGGGUUGGAGUUGCGUACCUAAUCUCAGGCUUUGGUGGGAGCGUACUCUCUUCGUUGUUUAUCAGAAAUAAUAUCUCAGUUGGUGCAUCUGGCGCUCUGUUUGGGCUGCUUGGAGCAAUGUUGUCAGAACUUCUCACCAACUGGACUAUUUAUACCAACAAGGUUGCAGCUCUGUUAACACUUUUGAUCAUCAUUAUCGUAAACCUUGGGAUUGGAAUUUUGCCUCACGUUGAUAAUUAUGCCCAUAUUGGUGGGUUUUUGACUGGUUUUCUGCUUGGCUUUGUUCUGAUGCCGCGUCCACAGUUUGGUUGGUUGGAGCAGCAGAAUCUUCCUUCCAAUGUUCAUCUCAAAUCCAAAUACAAGACUUACCAAUAUGUUCUGUGGAUUCUUUCUGUUGCUUUGCUGGUUGUUGGGUUUACAGUGGCAUUGGUGAUGCUGUUCAAGGGAGAGAAUGGGAAUGAUCAUUGUCAUUGGUGUCACUAUCUCAGCUGUGUACCGACUUCAAGAUGGAAUUGUUGAGGAAGUUGAAGUUGGAUUUGCUUCACUUUCUUUUGGGAUUUCUUUACCCUUUUUUUUUUUUUUUUUUUUUUUUUUUUUUUUUUUAGCGGCUUCUGUUGUAAAUUGUAGAUGCUAUAGUUACUGGUAUAUUUAUUAUGAUGCUUAGUGUUUACGUUUGACAGUCACAUUUAUGCCAUAUACCAAAUACUUUAUAGUAUCUUUCUGUUCUUUGCGCAAGUUUUGUUUCCAUCAAUGCAAUUAGUAAAACUGCAGCGAAUAAAUUUUAGUCUAAUA